AUGAGCGGCGGAGCCCCGGGGGGCGGCGGCGGCGGCGGCGGCAGCGACAGCAUCUCGGGCCGGGCCCGGACCAGCUCGUUCGGAGAGCCGGGGCCAGCGGGCCCCGGGCCGGGGCCGGGCGGAAGCGGAUCAGGACCCGGGCCCAUCGUCUCCAAGACCGUCGGCCCCAGCCAAGCUCCGGCCCCGGCGCCAGCCUCGGGUCCGGGCCCCGGCCCGGGUCCUGCCCCCGGCCCCAUUCCUGGUCCUGGCCCCGGCGGCUCGGGCACCGGCGGCGGCGGCGGUGGCGGCGGCGCGGGGGCCGUGAACGUGGCCUUGGCCUCAGGCUCCGGAGGAGGCGGAGGAGGCUCGAGCUUCCCACCACCCGCCGUGAAACUGGGCCGUGACACCGGGAAAGUGACCACGGUGAUGGCAACCUUGGGGCAGGGGCCAGAGCGCUCCCAGGAGGUGGCCUACACGGACAUCAAGGUGAUUGGCAACGGCUCCUUUGGCGUUGUCUAUCAGGCCCGCCUGGCCGAGACGGGGGAGCUGGUGGCCAUCAAGAAGGUGCUGCAGGACAAGAGGUUCAAGAAUCGGGAGCUGCAGAUCAUGAGGAAGCUGGACCAUUGCAACAUCGUACGGCUUCGCUAUUUCUUCUACUCCAGUGGGGAGAAGAAGGACGAGCUCUACCUGAAUCUGGUGCUGGACUUUGUGCCUGAGACCGUUUACCGGGUGGCACGGCAUUUCACCAAGGCCAAGCUGACCAUCCCGUCCAUCUAUGUCAAGGUGUACAUGUACCAGCUUUUUCGGAGCUUGGCCUACAUCCACUCACAAGGCGUGUGCCACAGAGACAUCAAGCCCCAGAACCUCCUGGUGGACCCAGACACCGCUGUCCUCAAGCUCUGUGACUUUGGCAGUGCUAAGCAGCUGGUCCGGGGAGAGCCCAAUGUCUCCUACAUCUGCUCGAGGUACUACCGGGCCCCCGAGCUCAUCUUCGGAGCCACUGACUACACCUCAUCCAUCGAUGUGUGGUCUGCUGGCUGCGUCCUCGCUGAGCUCCUCCUUGGCCAGCCUAUCUUUCCUGGGGACAGUGGGGUGGACCAACUGGUAGAAAUUAUCAAGGUGUUGGGGACGCCCACACGGGAGCAAAUCCGGGAGAUGAACCCAAAUUACACUGAGUUUAAGUUCCCCCAGAUCAAGGCCCAUCCAUGGACAAAGGUCUUUAAGGCACGGACACCACCAGAGGCCAUCGCGCUGUGCUCCCACCUGCUGGAGUACACCCCGGCCACGAGGCUGUCCCCCUUGGAGGCCUGUGCCCACAGCUUCUUCGAUGACCUGCGCAGCCCUGGGGCCCAGCUCCCCAACAGCCGGCAGCUGCCCCCCCUCUUCAACUUUAGCCCUGGUGAGCUCUCCAUCCAGCCGAAUCUCAAUGGUAUCCUCAUCCCUUCCCACCUGAGGAGCCCUACAGCCUCUGUGCCCUGCCCCUCAUCCUCACAUGUUUUAGGGGAGAACCAGGAUCGGCCAGGACAGGAGCCUUCCACAUCUGUAGCCAACUCCUCCUGAGGGCCUUCAGGACACCCCUCCCACCUUCCAUCCCGGAAGCCCUGGGUUGGAGGCCUGGGUCCUCAAGCCUGCCUUCUCCCCAUCCCUGGCUGGAUUCAGUUUUUAGAUGGGGGGCAAGGAAAGGGGAGAAGCCAGCUGAGACCCAUGCCCCUCCUACCUCACAGAGGCAAGAGCCUGGUAGGGGAAAUGGAGGAGGGGGUACCCCUUUUAGCCUCUGUUCUUCCCCCUCUCCCCCCUGCACUGAGCUGGCUGGCCGAGCUAGCUUUUUAACAGAGGAUUUUAACUGGGUGUUGGGGGGGGGGUGGUGGAGAGAGAAGGAAGAGGCUCUUUGGGCUUGGCCUCAGGGGUUUGAGCACUCCCCCCCAACCCCUGCCUUGGUCCCUUCCCUGCCACCCCCCCAUUUGUUCCUUGUAAAUAGGACCAGACCCUGUCUCAGGCCCCUCUCUUUUCCUGACCCCUUCCCUUCUCUUCCCCCCGGGUGUAAAUAGAUUGUUAUAAUUUUUUCUUAAAGAAAAUGUUGCAAUGAUUCGCGCCGCCCACCCCCCCAUCCCCAGCUGUGUCCUAUCUGCCCUCUCCACUGUCCCCCACCCCAGUCCUUCUCCCCUUGCCCCCCAGCCCCCUGAGACAGGGAGGGGGGCUGGGGGUCCUGAUGUCUUAGUUCCCACGGUAGGGUUUGCCUGUGUACAGAACUUUCCGUUCAAUAAAUUAUUGGCAUGAGAA